CUGGCGGACGCUCAAUUUUUAUCGCAGAAAGUCUGUGCAGCAAUUUUUUUUUAUUAUUUUACUUGCUUUGGUGCGCCCGCGACUAUCGUCGGCCGGUAUUCAUUGUAGUUUUUGCCCGGUGAAGUGCUAUCUCUAACAUUCUUUUCUAAAAGUAACACGUAAUCUUGCCUCAGAAGCCACCUAUCUGCAACAUGAAGCUACAGGAGAAGAAGACGGCGACGACGGCGUUUCAAUCAUGGCUCUGCAGCAGGGCUUUAGGGCGGCGAAACAUUUCAAGCGCCUGGCUUGCCGCAUAAGCCCUCUGCGGCCGAAGUCGUCACCUCCUGCCGACUGGAGCGGUGGCGCAGGCAAGGGCGGAGGCGCUGGCGGAAGCAUCCGUGAGGCCGGCGGCGGCUUCGCCAAGGUCGAGAUUGCUCGCGAGGAGCAGUACUUCCGGCAGCUGCAAGAGGAGCAGAUCAAGAGGCUUCACGACCACAUCACGAGUGAGAUCAAGGAGCGCGAGUCGCUCAUCAAGGAGCUGAAGAGCCAGAUUGAUAAGAACAAGAAGAUGCUGGAAGACCUGAAGCCCCGCAACUGACCUCCUUCCCGGCUCGGGAAACUACUCCGCUGGGUCAACCUGGAGUACCCGGAUCACACUGAAAUGUCGUUUCGGGUUAACUCAUUCCUUUAUUGACCGGUGAUUCGCGGAGGUGGAAAGAAUCAAACGAAGUUUGAAACGCUUUCGUAUGCUGUUGUGGUGAAGUAAAAUCUGCGCAGUGCCUGCA